AUGGCUCCCAAGGUGCUCGUUGUUCUUACCUCCCAGGCCCGGAUUCCGGACCACGACCACGCCACCGGAUGGUACCUGCCCGAGUUCGCCCAUCCGUGGGAGGUCCUUCAUGAGAAGGUCGAGCUCACCGUCGCGUCCCCCAAGGGUGGUGAGGCUCCCCUCGACCCCUCGUCGGUCGAGAUGUUCGGAAGCGACCCCGUGUCGGCGAAAUUUCUGCAGGAGCAGCAGUCGCUCUGGAAGAACACCCACAAGCUGGCGGAUUUCCUGCCUCGCGUUUCGGAAUUCGAUGCGAUUUUCUAUGUCGGUGGCCAUGGACCUAUGUUUGACCUCCACUACGACGAGACCUCCCUUGCCCUGAUCCAGGCUUUCGCUGCCGCUGGAAAGCCCGUCUCUGCUGUCUGCCACGGCCCGACCGUAUUCCUCAAGGCGACCACCACAGCCGGACAGCCCUUGCUGGCCAACUCCACCGUCACGGCCUUCACCAACGUCGAGGAAGACCAGGCACAACUGACCGAGCUCAUGCCAUACCUGGUCGAGACGGAGAUGAACAAGAUCCCCGGAUGUAAAUUUGUGAAGGCCGAUCAGCCGUGGGGCGAGAAGGUGGUCGUCUCCAAGACCUCCGACGGUGCGACUCUGAUCACCGGUCAGAACCCGGCCAGUGCGACGGGCGUUGGAAAGGAGAUCCUGAAGGCGCUGGGACUUUAA